GUUAUGCUUUGUUUGGCUGCCGAGAAAAGACUCGGAUUCCGGUCUUUUAUGGUCUUUCCGGUAUACGAGCUUGUGAAAUGAAUGAUUUUUCUUUUUCCUUGGCCUUCCCGGAAACCAGAGAGAGUGUUAGAAUUGAUUCCUGAAGUUUGUUGUUGAAUAUUGUGUUACGUUACAUUGUACUGGAAUCGAUUUUAGCUGUUCGAAAUCCAGAGGCGGGCUUCAUUUUCCAAAUUGUAGCAUAGUUGGUUCGAGAGUUGGUGGUGCUUUACCAGGGCUUUUUCGGUUGAAUCUUGAAUAUGGAAGUGUUCAAGAGGGCCAUACUACAACCUGGGCCACCUGAAAGUUUUGCACUACAGACAGUUCAGGAAGUUGUAAAACCUCAGAAACAAACAAAACUAGCCCAAGAUGAGAAUCAAUUGUUAGAAAAUAUUCUUCGGACAUUGCUUCAGGAACUGGUGUCAUCUUCAGUACAGUCAGGGGAGCAAAUAAUGAUGUAUGGGCAAUCAAUUGAUGAUGGGGAAACAACCCAGGGUCAUAUUCCUCGUCUUCUUGACAUUGUGCUGUAUCUUUGUGAGAGAGAACAUGUUGAAGGUGGCAUGAUAUUUCAACUGUUGGAAGACUUGACAGAAAUGUCUACAAUGAGAAACUGCAAAGAUAUUUUUGGUUAUAUAGAGAGUAAACAAGAUAUUUUAGGGAAGCAAGAGCUUUUCGCUCGUGGGAAACUUGUGAUGCUGAGAACGUGCAAUCAACUUCUUCGUCGUCUAUCAAAGGCGAAUGAUGUGGUGUUUUGUGGAAGAAUUCUCAUGUUUUUGGCACAUUUUUUUCCAUUGUCUGAACGCUCAGCUGUGAAUAUAAAAGGAGUUUUCAACACAUCAAAUGAAACAAAAUAUGAGAAAGACCCUCCUGAUGGCCUUUCUAUUGAUUUCAACUUUUAUAAGACUUUUUGGAGUUUACAGGAAUACUUUUGCAACCCUGCUUCUCUAACUCCUACUACUGCUAAAUGGCAGAAAUUUACAUCCAGCUUAAUGAUUGUCUUGAAUACCUUUGAAGCUCAACCAUUAAGUGAUGAAGAAGGGGAUGCUAAUAACUUGGAGGAAGAGGCAUCAAAUUUCAGCAUAAAAUAUCUUACAAGCAGUAAACUGAUGGGUUUAGAGUUGAAGGAUCCAAGUUUUCGACGCCAUGUUCUUGUGCAGUGCCUCAUAUUGUUUGAUUAUCUGAGGGCCCCAGGGAAGAACGAGAAAGAUUUGCCAUCUGAAAGCAUGAAAGAGGAAAUAAAAUCAUGCGAGGAGCGUGUGAAAAAACUGCUUGAAAUGACUCCACCUAAAGGGAAGGAUUUUCUUCGUAAAAUUGAGCAUAUAUUAGAACGUGAGAAGAAUUGGGUGUGGUGGAAACGCGAUGGUUGCCCACCAUUUGAAAAGCAACCAUUAGAGAAGAAAACAGUACAAGAUGGAACUAAAAAACGUAGACCAAGGUGGAGACUGGGAAAUAAAGAACUCUCUCAGUUGUGGAAAUGGGCGGAUCAGAAUCCGAAUGCUUUGACCGAUCCUCAACGUGUCCGAACUCCUGCCAUCAUGGAAUACUGGAAACCUUUGGCUGAAGAUAUGGACGCAUCAGCUGGAAUAGAAGCUGAAUAUCACCACAAAAAUAGUCGGGUUUAUUGUUGGAAGGGUCUUCGAUUUUCUGCUCGUCAGGACUUGGAUGGAUUUUCUAGAUUCACCGAUCAUGGUAUAGAAGGGGUUGUGCCGCUAGAACUUUUGCCACCUGAUGUUCGGUCCAAAUACCAAGCAAAACCAAAUGACAAGUCUAAGCGUGCUAAGAAGGAUGACACAAAGGGUGCUGCACCACAAGUUGAGGAAAAUCAGAUUGCUACACCUGCAAGUGAAGUUGAUGGCGAAGGAAUCAGAGCUGAUUUUGAAUCCUCAGCAGCACAAAUGGAUGUUGAUGCCACGGCAACUGGCAAUAUAUCCCAAGGUGGCACUCCAACACCGGAUGAACAUCAGAAGCAAAGCUCCGACACUGAUGUUGCUCAAGAGGCAGGUCAGUUAGAAGCUGAUGCUGAGGUUGAAGCCGGAAUGAUAGAUGGAGAGACUGAUGCAGAAGUUGAUUUAGAUGCUGUUAGCUGAUAUGCUAGAGCUGAUGGAGGUUCUUGGUUGCACAUAACAAAAUGCUAGUCAAGUGUUAAAUCUAUAAUUUAGAAGCUAGUGAGUAUUGUAUUUUUCUGACGCCACAAAAAUGGCAGGGCACAUUGAGUAAUCUAUGCCCCCAACAUUGUUUUGCAUCUAAUGCAAGUAUUCCCAGCCUGUAGGAGCUGAUUUCAGUACCAAGCGCUUCUUUUGGAAUUCCGCUCCAUCUCAGGGCUGAAUGACAGCCUCAAUCCGAGCAGAAGUGCAAUGUAUCUGGAAACUUGGUAUCAUGCAUGGGUUUUGGACAAAAGGCAACUUGAAAAUAUUUGAUUUCAGCCCCUGUAGUGAGAGACAUUCAUCUUCAGGAGUUAAUCAUUUCAGACAAUUCUUCUGACCUGCUUUAUUUUAUGUAUCCUAUACACCUAUACGGUAUGCCUAUAUGCGACGAUUGGUAUUGAGUACUUGGGAUCUGCAGUAUUCCAAAACUACAGAACCAGCUGUUUUCACUCCAGGGAAACAAACAUCCAGAGGCCAGAGCAAUAUCCCAGACGGUUUGGAGGAUAUCUGGAGAAAAGGUAUACCAUUAUGUACUCUAAUCUUUUGUAGCUUCCCUUGGGGCUUGGUGUAAUGCACCAUGAAAUCUCUGCUAGGGCACUGCUCUAAUUUGUCUUGACAUGGUACCCAAAUUUUGUAUCGAACAGUAGGAGUAGGAUCUUGUUCAGAUUGACCAGCAAUUAAUUGCCACCUGCUUUUAUCUUCCGAGUUCAAAUUAAAACUUCAUUUGAUUU